UCUGGGUAGUCGUAAAACGCACAAAACACUCUCGCGGCUGAUUCAUAGGUCGCACGUUGCAGAAGCUUGAAAGUUGGAAGACCGCGGAAACCAACAAAGAACAACUUCAUUCAAGUUCAAAUUAAGGACCACUGCAAAUAUGUCCAUCGGCGUGCCCAUCAAGAUUCUGCAUGAAGCUGAGGGUCACAUUGUGACCUGUGAGACCAACACUGGUGAAGUGUACAGGGGCAAGCUCAUUGAGGCUGAGGACAACAUGAACUGCCAGAUGUCAAAUAUCACUGUGACUCAUCGGGAUGGCCGUGUAGCCCAACUAGAGCAGGUCUACAUCCGGGGCAGCAAGAUUCGCUUCCUGAUUUUACCGGACAUGUUAAAGAAUGCCCCUAUGUUAAAGAGCAUGAAAAACAAGAACCAGGGCACCGGGGCAGGGAGGGGGAAGGCAGCCAUUCUCAAAGCUCAGGUGGCUGCAAGAGGACGGGGUCGUGGUGGAGGAAUGGGAAGAGGAAACAUUUUCCAGAAGAGGCGAUAGUAUCCGCAAUGGUUAAUUUAAAAAGAUUACAUUGUACAGUGUUUUUAAUGUUUUUUCUUAAGAGAAUAUACACUAUUUUAUUCUUUUGCCAGACUUCUACAUUUUGCAAGACUGACACCUGUUUUGACAUUGUAGUUUCACCCCCUCUUUUUUGUUAUAUUUGAAAUAAAUUCUGCUAACUUCUA